GUGUUGCUUGGACCUAAAACAUUGACCACAAACAAAGCUUUUUUUUGGUUCUUGAUUCUUCUAUAUAAAUCCUUUCAAAACCCCUGUUUCUCUCAUCACUUGUCUAGUCAAAAUUCAUCCUUUUUGUUGUACAUAUAUAUCGGAUUUCAAUUCAAGGUGUUCUUUGCUUCUUGAGCAUGGAGAUGAGUUCAGAUCCUGGGUUGUUGUUUGAAGCAGAGAACGAGGAUGAUGUCUUCUACGCUGAGAUCAGGAGGCGGAUUCUGCAACUGACUACUGAAGACGAGGAAGACAACGUGGGAUUCCUCGGAGAAACGAAACGCGUCAACCCCAUCGUCUCUGGUGGUGAUGGUGGUUUGUACGGGUCGGGUUAUGGUUUACCGGCUGGAAGCCAUGUUUGGUCCUGGGAAGCUCAGAACUCUGGCGGGCCACCUCCUGUUUGGUUGAUUAACUUGUGGAAGAAUGGCAAAGGAACUGGGGUGUUCAUUCCUCAAGCUGUCAGAUGCAAGAAAAAUCAAAGAACAGAUAGAAUGAACAGAAGAAGAAAAACAUACAAACCAGUGGCGACCAAGGACUGAUGAACCAACAAUUUCGAAGAUGAAGUUUAAUUACAAGAAAAUUUCAGAAUUAAUUAUUCAUGCAGCUUGGCAAAACUAGUCAACAAGUAGCUGUACAGAAUUAUAUCUCUUCCAAAUCAGAAUGCAUUCAGCUUCCUAGCCAUCUAUGUACAGAUCAUACCAUAAGUUGAAAUUAGGAGGAAUAUUGGUAGAUUGAGAUUGGAUUCCAGAACAUCACUAGUUCACUAUAAGAUCAGAAUAAGGCAGAAGUUUGUAAUGAAGCAUAUCUAUAAAUAAAGUCAAGUGCUUUUUUGCAA